CAAGAAAAGAAAAAGGAACGUUCCUUAUGAGUUUCUGAGAUGAGUGUGAAGGCAUUUGAACUGGUUCCAGCCAUUGAAAGGCUGAAAUUAUUGGGAGAAAAGGCCAGAACAGCAAUUGAGUGCAUUGAAUGCUGUGGGAAGAACCUGUACAUCGGCACAAGUGACUGUUUUGUGAUCCAUUUCUUAGUAGAGGAGAAAACGCUUCCAAAUGGGAAGAUUACGUAUACCAGUGAGAAGCAGUCACACAAAUACCUAGCAGUGAAAAAGCCAAUCCAGCAGCUGAAGGCAGCUUCAGCACUGACAAGAAUCUUAGUGCUUUGUGACAAUGUCUUGACCCUCUUGAAUAUGUUUAACCUGGAGCCUAUACUGAGUGGAGCCAAGAUCAAAGGGGUUACAGCUUUCUGUGUCAACAACAAUCCAAGAUCAAGCAAUCCAUUCAGUCUGGAGAUUGCUGUAACUUCAAAACGGAAGCAGGUCCAAGUCUACACAGUCACUGAGGAUAAAUGUGUCCUCAUCAAAGAGAUAUCCAUUAGUGAUAUACCCGUUAACCUGAGUAUGGAUGCUUUCUGCAUCUGUAUAGCCACAUCUAACGAGUACAUCUUAGCUAACUACCAUACCGGAGUGAUAACGGAUUUAUUUCCCUAUGACGCCGAUCAGACAUCCCCAGUUGUCAAAAGAGUUGGAAAGGAGGAGUUUCUAUUGGCUGGUCCAAGUUCUCUAGGGAUGUUUGUCACCUCUGCUGGGAUUUCACAACGCCCUCCCCUGAAAUGGUCUGAGACAAUCCGUGGCGUCAGUUAUUUGUUUCCUUAUGUGGUUGCCAUGGACGACGAGUUCCUGACAGUCCACAGUGUGUUGGACCAGCAGCAGAAGCAGACUAUUCCAUUCCAAGGAGGGAGGAUACUGGGUGACUUUGAGGGGAGGAUAUUUGUGUCGUCCAGCAAAGAGGUGUACGCUCUUGUGCCACUUCCAGUUGAAAAACAAAUCCAAGCAUUAUUGAGCGAUAAACGUGUUGAAGAGGCGUUGACGUUGGCCAAGAACGCCAAGAAACUAGGAUUGGCAAAGGACAAAUUCCAAAAGCUUUACCAGAGAAUUCAGCAGCAAUCGGGUUUUAUUGAGCUUUCCGAAUUUCACUUCGACGAAGCUGGGCAGUUAUUUAAAGAUGGUCUACUAGAUGUCAGAGAGCUGAUCAGCCUCUUUCCAAACCUCCUCCCGUCGACGUCUAACUUCAACCGUUCCGUGCCCCUACUUCAUCAGUUUGCCGAUAUCUCAUCGAUAGUCCGAGGGAGCAAAGAGAAGCUCCAGGACUGCAAGACAUUCCUCUCUUCCUACCUGGACAGCAUCAGAGGAGGUGACCUCAGCCUUGGCUUCAGAGAGGAAAUAGACACAGCUUUAUUGAAGCUGUACGCAGAGAGCAGCCCUGAGUUACUGAAGACUCUCGUCUCGUCAGAAAACACUUGCUCCUUACACGAUGCUGCAGAGAUCUUACAGAAGCAUGGAAGACACCACGCCCUAGGUCUCCUCUAUAGAUAUCACAUCGAUAAUGAAAAGGCUCUCCUUGUUUGGGCAAGAAUAUGCGAUGGAGAAUUAAAGGACGACACAUUUCCUGGACUUGACUUUGUUGUGGAAUUUUUGUCAAGAUGUAGUGAUCAUGAGCUAGUCUGGCGAUACGUCGAUUGGGCGCUGCAGAAAAAUCCUGAACUUGGAGUAAAGAUUUUCACAGAUAGAUCUGAGUCUGAGCCACUGACUGAGAGAAUGAGACCUGAUACGGUGAUCGACUACCUCCAUGCUUUCCCUAAGGCUGUCAUGAGAUAUCUAGAGCAUCUUGUCUUCACCAAGAAACUAGAGAAAGAGAAAUACCACACCCAUCUUGCCGUCUUAUACCUAGACGACGUCUUGAAGAAGAACCCCGAGACAUCAAAGCCAGAGCUUGAUCUGUCUCGAUCCAAGCUUCGUCACAUGCUCCAGGAGUCCUCUCUCUACAGAGUCCAACUCAUCCUGGGUAAAGUCCGAGAGACGGACAUGUUUGCCGAGACGGCCAUCUUGUAUGGAAAGUUAGAGGAGCACGACAAAGCCCUACGUAUCUUAGUCCACAAGUUACAAGACUACGGGGCGGCCGAACGCUACUGCUGUAUAAACUCUAGAGGGAGGGAUAGAGCUUACAGGAGAAGACUGUUCCAGAUUCUGCUUGGUGUUUACUUAGAUCCUCUCGAAGGGAAAAAAGAUUCUUUAAUUGCUCCUGCCAUUGCUCUGCUCAACAGUGAAGACGCUGACUUUGACGCUUCAAGGGUCCUGCAGCUGAUCCCCGAGAACUGGUCCACAGCCCUCCUCUCACAAUUCCUAACCAACACAGUCCGUAAGAGCCUCCACACGUCACGCACCACCAAGCUUCAACGGAUGCUCACGCGCACCGAAAACCUCAACCUCAAGGUUUCGCAGAUCUCCCAACAGCGAGACCCGAUCUACGUCGGCGACGACCGGAAUUGCCAAGUCUGUAACCGCCCUUUCCACGAGCCAACGUUUGCCAGGUAUCCGAACGGAGUCAUCGUCCAUACGCAGUGCGCGUGGAACAAAACCGUAUGCCCCGUUACGGGAAGACUGUUUAGUACGAAGAUAAGCUCCAGUAAGAGCUAGGUGUUCCAUGCCCGAUGUGGGGCAGACGGUUUUUCCAGGUAUCCCAACGGAGUGAUUGUCCACACGCAGUGCACGUGGAACAAAACUGUGUGCCCCGUUACGGGAAAACUGCUCAGUACAGCUCCAGAAAGAGCUGGUUUUCCAUUUGAUUGAGCAUUAGGAAAGUGGCAAUAUAAACCUUUGUAUUGUUGAUAAACAACCCGCAAUGGUCAGCAUCGACAGCAAAACAUUCAAUCGUGUUAAAGGCAGUGGACAC